AUGCGCGGACUCGAACGCGCGACGUUAGCUGAGACAAAAGAGGAGAUACAAACAACUGCAGCACUUUGCGAUAACAGCGACACGCUGGUGACAAGAUCGUGCACUAAAAGUGGCUUAAAGUUUGGCAUACCCCCCACCGCCAAAAGCGAAGCUCACGCGCUUCGCUCUCGCGCUGCUCGAUGGCGACGCGAUGAUAAGGUCGGGCGGACAAUACGAAACACGUCGACAUCGAUUUAUCGUGUCCUUCGCCGGAGUAACCGUAAUCGUAACGCGUUACAGUUACACGCGUACGCGAAUAAUAAAAGGAAAAUAAACCAGAGCCACUGGCCGGCGCGCGCGCGGCGUGCAAUCGCGAGCGAUGAAUCACGCCAUCCCCCUUGUCGUAGGCUCGUGAGUCAGGGGGAAGUACAGUUCCAAGGUUGCGGGCGAGGGGGUAGCACUAGAACUCGGCGUCCCACAUUCGACGGCGCUUCGUUAUUCGCGGGGAACCGGCUAUUUUUAAAGAGCCGAGGCACAGUCCCUUCCCACAGCACAGCGAAUUCGCCAAGUAUUCUUCAAGCUUUCUACCUUUCUGAAUUGCAAUUCUUUACGUCCGUUCUACGCCUAGGGACGACCCUACUUGUGGCUCGUCCGAGUGGAGAUGUUCACACGGACAUUUUAGUAAGUGGCACCGAAGUCCAUAAACGUCUCGAUACGACGAUCCAUUUAUUUACCCACUCGGAUGAGCCACAAGUAGGAUCAUCCCUGGGUGUGGAACAGGCAUUGGAAAUUCCUAGAGGAAUACAAUGAGAAUGAUCGGGGAAGUUACAUGCAGCAUAAAUGAACUUCUCAACAACGAAUACUCCAAGACGAAUUCACUGUGGCUGAUAUUCUUCAAGGAUUCUUCAGCUAUUCAAUUUUCUAAUUGCGAAUUCGAUUGCUUGCGCUAGUGUGCACCGAGUGCACAC